AUGGCGCUUGAAGAGCCACUCCUGGCUCCACGGCCAUCCUCCGAACGGUCCUCGAUUCGAUACGCGGAAGAAGAAGAUGCCCUUUUGACCGGCGAGCGGACGCCCCGCCGUGAAUCACGACGGGGCUGGGGCUUUUGGAGAGAAGUUGGGGCCUUCGCAUGGGCUAUCAUCGCCACAAUUAUCGUUAUUGUCUUGGCUGUGGUCUACCAGCACGAGUCUGCCAAGGGUCAUCAUGAUUCACGAAACAACUGGGGCCCGGGCGGCAAGCCGACCGGCAAACGUAAUCUGAUCUUUAUGGUCUCCGAUGGAAUGGGCCCGACCAGUCUCUCCAUGACGAGGAGCUUCCGCCAACACACGGAGGGCCUUCCUAUCGAUGACACGUUGAUCUUGGAUCAACACCAUAUUGGCACCUCGCGGACACGCUCCAGCAACAGUCUGGUAACGGACUCGGCAGCUGGUGCGACGGCCUUCUCGUGCGGGUUUAAGAGCUACAACGAAGCAAUUUCAGUUCUCCCCGAUCAUUCACCUUGCGGAACUGUUCUCGAGGCUGCUUCGUUGGCAGGCUACAAAACAGGACUGGUCGUCACGACCCGCUUGACAGAUGCAACCCCGGCUUGCUUUGUCGCGCACGCCAACCUGCGACGGUACGAGGAUAGCAUUGCAGAGCAGGAAGCUGGUGAACACCCUCUGGGUCGGGUGGUUGACCUCAUGAUGGGCGGUGGACGAUGCCAUUUCCUGCCUAAUACCACGGACGGUAGCUGCCGUGGCGACGACCGCGAUCUCGUUGAAGUUGCAUCGAAGAACGGCUUCAACUAUCUGCAGGACCGGGCUGGCUUCGAUUCUCUCAAAGGCGGCUCUGAGGCCAAGCUGCCUCUGCUGGGUCUCUUUGCUGGCGGGGACAUUCCUUACGAGGUCGACCGCCGCUCGCAGAAUGACAAGUACCCCUCCCUGGAGGAGAUGACUCGCACUGCUUUGACUACCUUGAGCGAAGCGACUCGGGACAGUGAGCAAGGAUUCUUCAUCAUGAUCGAAGGAUCGCGCAUCGACCACGCCGGUCACGGCAACGACCCUGUUGCACAGGUGCAUGAGGUGAUAGCGUACGACAGGGCUUUCGCUGCCGUGCUGGAAUUCCUGGAGAAGGACUCGACCCCCGGUGUGGUUGUGAGCACUUCUGACCACGAGACCGGUGGACUGUCUGCUGCGAGACAGCUGCACAAGAGCUACCCCGAGUACCUCUGGCUGCCCGGUGAAUUGGGCAAGGCUAAACACUCCAGCGAAUACGCCUAUGCCAAGUUGAAGGAAUACAUCUCUGGAGCGGGCAAGGACGACCAUGAGUCGAAGCAACGCGCCUACAUCCGCAAAACCUUGCUGGAAGAGGAUCUGGGCAUCACAGACGCUACGGAUGACGAGGUGGAAAUCCUUCUCCACCCUGACCCUCAAGUCUCGUCCGACCAUGUCUUUGCUGAUAUGCUCAGCCGCCGAGCACAGAUCGGCUGGUCCACUCACGGCCACUCCGCCGUCGACGUCAAUAUCUACGCAUCCUCAUCCCAGGAUGCCUGGCCGCUGAUGGGCAACCAUGAGAACAUAGAAAUAGGCCACUUCCUCGCCGAUUAUCUGGAUCUCGACGUCGCCGCAGUGACCAAGCGCCUCCAGUCCUCAUCCUACUGGACGGCCUCCGGCGAGGAGGCCGUCGACCAGGAAAAAUACAGCUGGCUGGGUGAUCCGCUGGGCUCGAAGGUCCGGACCGAGGGCCUGGACACCUACCAUGGCGACUUCAGGAAGCGAUCCAUCGAUGAAUGUGGAUGUGGCGGGCUCCACUAA